UCAAUUGCAUGGAUUAGCAAAAGUUUAAGUUUCGUCUGAUAAUUACUUUGAAAAAUUUACAGUGUAGUAUUGAAAUAAAAUGAAAUAGGGUUUCUUUGUUAAAUUGGUUAUACGAAGAAAUAGUUCCUCAAUAUUCUACGAGCUGGGCACCUUAUUACGGCAUUAGAUAACCUAAUCGGACUAAUUAAAAGUUAUCACACUCAGAACUGAACGAUCAUCGAAACUUAUUAACUCUUUUACCUGGAGUAAAAAACAAUUGUAAAAUCACGGAAAACAGAACAAAGCAAUUACAAAAAAAACAAAAACAAAAAAAAAAACAAUGGCACAAAAAAACGUCCUGCUCAAUAGCUUUCAUUUCAUUUGAAUAGUCACAAUCAAUAGUUAGUUCUGUUGCAAAUUUAAGUCAGUUUUCGGUUUCAAUCUUCUACAGUCAAAGUCACAACUGUAAGACUGAUGAAUUCUAUACCGUACCGUAAUAAACACUGAGAUUUUCAUUCACAAACGCUAACCCUAGGACCAGAGUAAGUCACAACAAUCCGAGUAAUUUAACUGAUUGUGUUCAUUCACAGCUUUCAUUUGAUUGGCCACACAUUAAGGUUUGAUUCGCCAGUUGUGUUCAGGCAGCCAUUUCUAAGAGUCAAACGCAAUUGACGGCUCACUCUUGCAGAGAAAGCACAAGCUGGUGUUUUGAAAUUCAUGCCCCGUUUUAAAGAUUGUGAAUAGAUAACGAGUAAAGUUGCAUGUAAAGUUUUAGGAGGGUACAAGGAACUGAACUCUACCGUAAUCUGUAAGUGUCGCCAAAAACUGUUAAGAGCGUAAGUUUGUACAAGACGCAAGACGCAAGACUUUUAAACGUAAUUUUAUGUUAGUACUUAGAUUUAUCAGUUUUAUCUUUCCAUGCCUUGAUUUCCCCACUCAGCAUGGCUGUUUGUAAUGCUGGCCCAAUCACGAACAACAAUAUUAUUGCAAUGAUUUUUAUGUUUUAGUGAGAGCCUUUUAUAGCACUUGUUGAUAUUUUGUGGCCGGAAUGACAUCAAAAAUAACGUCAAGAUCUGUAGUUAUUUAUUCUGCCACCAGAGUCAUGCAUGAAAUUUAAACUCUUAUUUGCAAUACUCCAGUCUAUCUGGUAGAUCAACGUUGUCAGUGUAGAAAUGUCUUUUCAAGCAGGAUUACUGAAGCGAUAACUGAAAGAUAGAGAUCCAAAACACAAACAAGUUUUAGAAAACAUCAAUGCUGAAAAAUACUGAAUUGAAUUAGCGCAUGAAGUUUCCCGGACCGCGAGAAUCAAGAAAAUGGCGCGAAAUGGUGUGGCGUUCACCACUCACUUUCCCGCCAACCAGGCAGCCCUCCAAAACACUUCACACACUGGCAGACAUUUCAAAUUCACUUAUGACGACUUGUACAACUGUUUGUAUCGACACAAUGAGCCACAACUCAUCGACAUCGAGGCAUUUAAAGCACAAAGAAAACCAAGCCAAUCCGACGGGGAAAGGCCUAAAGAAGUUACAAAAUGCGAAGCGUGCCGAUCAAAACAAGGCGAGUGCCCAGUGCACAAAAUUCCAAACUCUAACAGAAAACUGCUUAUUCCGGGACAGAAACAACCGGUCAAAUUCAGUUACGCCAUAGCCUCGUUUCCAGAAGAAGUACAACUGUGUGUGUCGAGUAUCCCUGGGGCGGGCUGCGGAGUCUGCGCAAAACAACACAUUCCUGUAGGCACGUGGAUUGGUCCUUACGAAGGCAAACACGUCAAAUGCGAUGACGUCAAACCUAAUACAGACACGUCAUACAUGUGGGAGAUUUAUCAAGACGGAAAACUGUCCCAUUACCUGGACGCCAGCGACGAAAACACAUCAAGUUGGAUGCGAUUCAUCCGAUGUGCUCGAUACAGGGAAGAACAGAAUCUCUUUUCCUUCCAGUACUGUGGAAAUAUCUACUACCGGGCUUUUAGAGAGAUUUCCGUGGGAGCGGAACUUCUCGUAUGGUAUGACGAAAAAUAUCCCCAGGAUAUGGGAAUACCACUGGAGGUGCAAGAUAUGGCGCUUGUGGACCCCAACGGCACAAGACUCCUGCAAGAGGUUUUAGCAGCCCAAGGUCAAACACAGCUUACAGACCGACCAAUCAACUCUUCGCAAUAUCCUGCGCCGGUUUCAAGUCAGCCAGCGGUCACCUCAAACACUCCAACCAAAACUUCUCCUCGAAAAUCACCUCUUCCCGUAUCACGUGAUAACGUAAACGUAAAAGAAAAACCCUCACCUACCUCAUCUAAUGACACUCGUGUUUCUUGGCACCACAAGGUCCCUAUUCCCAUUACCUCUCACAGCACCAUUCCCACAGGGGAAACUUUCACUCAGGCCGAGCGGACCCGGGAUGUGGUGCCUGUCGUUUUAAAAGAAGAGCGGGUCGUGAUCGAAGAUUGUGAUGACGAUAGAAGGUUCAAUCUGGCGGACGGCUCAGAGCUGAGCCUUAUGAAAUGCGGUCAGUGUAAUCAGUCAUUCGCCCAGAAAAACAUGCUCCAAGUGCACGUCUGCCCGCGCAUGCCCAAGAGACCAUACACGUGUAACUAUUGCUCGGAGUCUUUCUCCCAACCAAAUGAAGUGCGCACGCAUGUCGUCACUCACGCUAACGAUAAACCAUUUAAGUGCGGUUACUGCUCGCGCACAUUUGCAGGCGCAACCACGCUAAACAAUCACAUUCGUACUCACACGGGUGAACGACCAUUUCUCUGUGAGAAAUGCGGCAAAUCUUUUACACAAGCAUCACAGCUCAGCAAACAUCAACGAAUUCCACAUGAGUGCACGUUCUAGAUCUUUACAUUAAAAUUAAGGCCACGUUUAUUUAGUAUUUCAAUAAAACGGUACAAGCUAGAUCUUAAUUAUUGGUCACUGUGACAUUCUUAAAAAAAAAAAUGCCAUUAAACCUGGUAGUUCUCGAGUAGCGAAACUUUUUUGUAAUUGUAAAUAAAUAAACUAGAUUUUAUACUUUCAGCAAAUUAGCUAUGGCAAUGUUGACGUGACUAACGCACUGAAUUCAAGUUGCCUGUAUGUUAAAAUAAUAGAGCCAAAAUUUGCUGUGCGUUUUAACAGAUAUUUGUGAAAUAAUUCUUGUUCUGUCAGCUAGUUCUCUUGUCAGCGAGCAAUAGCGCAUUCUUAAUUUUGACGAGUGGUCAAUUUCCGACCAGAAAACAUUUUUAUCAGAUGACACGGACAAAGCUCCUUGUAAGAUUGUCUUUGUAAGGAAUUGUAACAAAUAGUUAAUAACCUAACAAUUAAAUGGAGGAAGGAUUAACAUG